GAACUGUGAGCCGAGUAAGUACAUAAAUAGAGAGAGGCCCUGUCACGUGAAGAGGAGCAUAAAAGUAAAAGGAGGAAAGAGGCCGGUUUAAAUAUUCGUUGGACAUCAUCCCAAUUUCCCAUACACGCAGGAGAAUUUUGCAAAAUGGAACGUACCCAGCAACAAUUCAAGGACUCCAGACGCAGAGGAUUGAUAUAGAUAUUGUAGAUGGAUCAUCUACAGCCAGCAGCCAGCAGCAAAUCAAGAGGAACUUUAUCCAACGCUUGUUCGUGCGCCUUCCACUCUACGUCUAACCUCUAUCAAGAUCAAACGUUCAAACUUACCAAAGCAAAUUAACAAACCAUCAGCGGUGAAACUUAUUGAUCAACUCGCAACCAUUGUUCUUUGUACUAAUUAGAUAUAAGCUUCAAUUAUGAGGUCCAUAUGGCGGCAAACAAUUAAAAAUAUAUAACAACAAACUAACAGAAAAUUAGCCACGCUGCGGCACACUUAUUACCAGGCUGUUUCAUAUAAAAGAAGCAGUCGUUUUCAAUAGGGCUACGAGUCUAUCCGGGGAGCCAUUACACUUGAACCAACGCUGAACGAUGAAGUCUACAACUGUGCUGUUCGCAUUCGCCAUGCUUAUCCUUACCGCGAUGAGUGUGCACGCUAACGAAGAGACAUGUGAAGGUGAAAAUGAACAAUACGAAAAAUGUAUCCCUAAGGACCCGAUGACCUGCGCUAAUCAAAUCGAGAUAAUGCUUGGAUGUAAACCAGGGUGCACCUGCAAACCGUCAUACAUUCGUGAUAGCUGGCCAGGCGGAAAAUGCAUUCCGCUGGAGGACUGUCCGAAGUAGGUUGGUUCACGUAAAACGCACAAUAUGUAAUCAUCUUUCAAAUAAAUCUAUUUGUGCACUGUUCGGCCCCUACCCAGCGAUUUUGCUUAGGGUUAAAGCCUGCACCUGCAUGGUUCGAUCGCAUGCAUCGUAAAAUUCAA